AUGAUCAAUUUUGACUAACAUAAGUAAAUGACACUUUAGACAAGUCCUGAGGAAGACUUUAAUUAAGAAUAUGAUUAACCUACUGAAACUAAUAUGUAUUAAUCAUUAAGUAAAAUAAUAAAAUAGUAUUAUAGAUUAUCUAAAGAGCCAUUAACCAUUAAAUUUAUAAGGAUUUAUGGUUAAUUAACAUUCUAAACUCUUCGAUCUCAAAAAGAAAUAUCUAAAAAAUUAAGAGAACACUCAACGACAAUCUAUCUCUUUUCAUAAUAAAAUGCAUAACAAUAAAUCGCCAAUAAAAUCUUAAAAACCAAAUAGAUAAUGUUCUCCAAAGUAGGAAAACAAUUAAGUUAUGUAAAAGAAGAAAACAAUGCCUGUAUCAAAGAAUAUAGGAAGCAAUCUUAGGAAUAUAUUAAAAUCUAAUUAUCAAUAAUAAGGGUCUUAUGGAGAGAAUCCAGAAAAUGCAAUUAUUAGAAAGGAAUAUUCAUAACUUGUAGAAAUUCCGAUGGAGAAUUAAGGAAUAGAGAGUUAUUGUUUUAUUAAGACGUUGGGUAUAGGGGCAACUGCAGAAGUGAAAAUGGCAAGACAUAGAGAAUUAGAUAUUGAAGUUGCGAUAAAGAUAUAUGAUAGAAAGAAGAUGAAUAAUAUGCAUAUUAAGAAUUUAGAGAGAGAAGUGGAUAUCUUAAAUUAAAUUAAGCAUCCAAAUAUUAUAAAUUUAUAUCAUACAUACGAAAAUGAUAAGCAGAUAUUUUUAAUAAUGGAAUAUUCAGCUCCAAUAAAUUUGGAAACAUUUAUGAAAGGUCGUCCAUUUAAAAGAUUAAAUGAAGAUGAGGCUAAAAUAUUAUUCAGAUAAAUUGCAGAUGCAGUUUCUUAUAUGCAUUAAUUAAAUAUUUCUCAUAGAGAUUUGAAAUUUGAAAAUUUAUUAAUUGAUUAUAAUACUAGAAAAGUAAAGAUUAUAGAUUUUGGAUAUUCAAUUAAAAUAGAUGGUAAAUAGGUAUGUUCUUGUGGAACACCUCAAUAUAUGGCACCUGAAUUAGUUAAAAAAAGUACUUAUGAUGAAUCUGUUGAUGUUUGGGCAUGUGGUGUUAUUUUAUAUAAAAUCUUAACUGGUGUGUUUCCAUUUCGUGGAAAUUCAGAAAAAGAUUUAUAUAGAAAAAUAUGUUUAGGGAAAUUAGAAUAUCCUUCAUUUGUGAGUAAUUCAUCAAGAUAAUUGGUUUCAUCUAUGUUGAGAGUGGAACCAAAUGAAAGAAUUAGUAUGUAGGAUGUGCUAUUAUCUUAAUGGUUAAAUUGA